AUGUCCUUCACUGAGAAGAAUAAGCCCGUAGAUACGGACGUCGUCCAGAUCUCCGAAAACAUCGACGAGGAUCUAUCGCGCCAAGUCAUGCGAAAGCUUGACUGGCAUCUGCUUCCCAUUCUUUCCGGAUUGUACCUGUUGGCUUACUUCACGACUUUAGGCUCAGGAAAUGCCAAGAUUGCAGGUUUGACGACGGAUUUAGGCUUAAAAGGCGUGCAAUUCAAUCUAUGCAGUGCUCUUUUUUUCAUUCCAUAUUGCCUGCUCGAUGUACCAUCAAACGUCGCGCUCAAGUACUUCAAGCCUUCGCGAUGGAUUCCGUCGAUCAUGUUUUCUUGGAGCAUCGUCAUGAUCUGCAUGACUUUUGUGAAGAAUUUUCGCGGCCUCCUCGUUGCACGAUUGUUCCUGGGGCUCACCGAGGCGGGUCAUGCUGGACUGUUUCCGGGUAUCUCCUUUUACAUCUGCCUGUGGUAUCCACGGAGAGCACAAGCUCAACGCUUAUCAAUCUUCCUCUCUGCGUCAAGUACAGCUGGCGCAUUUGGUGGCCUUCUUGCCUUUGCGAUUGAGAAGAUGAACGGCAUUGGAGGGCUCGCUGGAUGGUCAUGGAUAUUCCUGUUGGAAGGUCUUGUCACAACCGUCAUUUCUCUGCUGGCAUUCUACUGGAUGGACGACUAUCCUGAAACUGCUUCUUUCUUAACGGAGAAAGAGAGAGAAUGGCUCGUGCGAACAAUUCGUGAAGACACUGUAGGCUCACCGAAAUCUAUCGAGACGAAGUACAUCAUGCAAGCCCUCGCUGAUCCUCAUGCGUACCUCAUGGCCACGCUAGAUUUUUUCAUGAUCAUCCCGUUAUACUCAUCCGCCGUAUUUCUCCCAACCAUCAUAGUCGGGUUAGGGUAUUCUUCAAUACAUGCGCAACUCAUGACAAUCCCUCCCAACAUUUGCGGCAGCCUCUGCACGGUCAUUCUGGGGAUGUUUUCCGACCGGUUGGGCGCGCGCGGACCAUUCGUCCUACUUGCAUCGCUCUUGUCUCUCACCGGAUACGUCAUGCUAUUCGCUACGACCGCAUCUGUGACAGGAUAUGUUGGAACCAUGAUUGCCGCUAGCGGUGUGUAUCCAGCAUCUGCCUGUCUACUUGCCUGGACAAGCGGGAAUGCUGGAGGAGAUAUCAAGCGUGGAGUGAUGAUCGCUAUGCUCGGCUGCAUUGGAAAUUCGGGAACGAUCGUAGCUUCCUUCAUAUAUCGACAGGCAGAUAGCCCGCGUUAUCAUCCAGGGCAUGCAACGAGUAUUGCUUGCUCUUCCACACUUGCUCUUCUUACUAUCGUUGCCAUGCUGAGGUUCUCACAGAUGAACGCGAAAAAGAAAGCAUAUUGUUUGUCGGAGGAUUUGAGUGACAGUCAAGCUCAUGAAUACUCGGAACUGGGGGACAGGUCACCUUUCUAUCGGUGCGUCAUUGACAGUUUAACCCCUGGUGUGGUGUUGUGGCUUAUAUGUGAACAGAUACACUUUAUAAUAUUCGCACAUGAUGAGAUGAACAGGUGUGGUACCAGAAGUCGAACAACACGAGAGCUCGUGCUAUAUGAUCAUUCAUCAAAUAUAUUCACCGACUCGCUCUACAUUAUUGUUCUGGGAUAUCGGACCAGGCAACUCUGUGUUCACCUUGGUAACGAUGGAGUAGAUGGAGGCGUUGUUUCUGCGUCGUGUUGA